AUGCAGUGUGACGAUAUUACUUGGACUAUUAUACAGAAAGGACAAUGUUCUUUCAAAGCUUGGACGAAGCCGAAAAUGUUUUGUCGAAACGAGUACAAUUUGACUGGAGUUUGCAGUAGGAUUGCCUGUCCAUUAGCUAAUUCACAGUACGCCACAGUCAGAGAAGAAGAAGGAGUGUGCUAUCUAUACUUGAAAGUAGUCGAAAGGAGUCAUUAUCCACGUAGGCUUUGGGAAAAAAUUAAGUUAUCUCGCGAUAUGACCAAGGCUCUGGAACAAAUUGAUUAUCAUACUCUCCAUUGGAGUAGCUUUGUGCGUCAAAAAUGUAAAGCACGCUUGAUCAGAAUACACCAGUAUCUGAUUCGCAUGAGAAAAAUGGCUUUGAAGGGAACUGCUAAAAAAAUAAUCACAGUACCGCGUAAGGUAGAAAGAAGAGAAAAGCGAAGAGAAGAAAAGGCUCUGAUUGCUGCUAAACUUGAAAAUGCUAUCGAGAAGGAAUUGCUCGAUCGUCUGAAGCAAGGAACUUAUGGAGAUAUGUAUAAUUUCAACCAAGCGGCAUUUGAUAAGCUUAUUGAAGAAAGCGAGAAAGAGCAGAAUGUUGAAGUUGAAGAGGAAUUAGAAGAUGAGAACGGAGAGAGACAGUAUGUGGAAGACUUUGAAUCUUCGGAUGAGGAAGAUAUCGAAGAUGGACAUUGGACUCCUCCGGACACCGAUAGCGAAGAAGAAGAAUGGACAGGGAAUCAAAGCGAUGAUGACGAUGAUCAAAUGGAAGAGGAUGAAAAUGAGCGAAGUGAAGGAAGUGGUGCUGAAGAUUCGGAAGAAGAACCUCCUAAGAAAAAGAAGAAGAAAGUUAGUAAGAAAUCGGCUAAAUCGAAGGCAGUCACUAAGCGACGUCCUCAAAUUGAAAUCGAAUAUGAAGAAGAGACUGAAGCUAGACAGCAGCAAAAAGCUUAA